UUUAUAAGAAGGAAGACUACGGUGAAACAACCCGACCUAAAAUGUGAUGUUUUAUGUCCCCGAAGUAAAGGAAACCAACAAGGGUUUAAGUUCACGAACACUGUUGUCAACAUUUUCUAGGGUUUAGGGGAGGCCUUUUAGGCCAUUUGCCUUUAACAUCCAUUGCUUCAACGUCUGAAAACCAGAGCGUCCCGGGCUCUCUCCUUUUCACGAAUCCCAUACAAUGGGCGGGAGCAAGAAAAGGGAUUCCAUUGAAGAGGCUUUAGUGAAGCAGAAUGAAGAAGAAGUUGUAUCUUCGUUGAAAAAACGCAAGCACCAGCUAGAAAAUGGAACUUCCGAUCCAGAGAAGAAGAAAAAGAAGAAGAAGAAGAAGAAACCAAUCGCCGAGCUGCCAAAUAGAGAAGAAAAUGGAGAUUUAGAAUUAGUGGACGGGAAAAAGAAUAAGCACAAGGAGGUGAAGGGGUGGGAACAUGCCACGGAAGCAGAAGGUGCAGAAAGCAGUAAGAAAAAGAAGAAGAAAAGUGACAAGAGAAAUUAUCAUGAAUCAGGACAGGAUAAUACAAACCCCAUUGAACAAGGGUUUCGGCAUACAAAUCCUCAAAAAAAUGAUAAGAAAAAGCAUUAUGAUUUAGGAAAGGAUACCACAAGCCCCAGCGAAGCAGGGUUUGAGGAUACAGGACUUGAAAAAGUAGGGAAGAUGAAGCAUCAUAAAUUAGCGCAGGAUUCUGCAAACCCUAGUGAACAUACAAACACUAAUCAAAAUGAUCGAGCUGAGGGUCAGCCCGAGUUACACAUGGAUGCAUUCAGGGAACUUUCCUCACCUGACGUUUCAGUCAGGGAAUCUGCUACGUUAAGUCUGGUGAAGGAGCUGCAGGAGAUUCAGACAGUUUACGAGCAAAGCGGCACGAAGGAGGAAAGGUUGGGUGCGAGAGAUGUACAGUUGGAAGCUGCUAAGGACGAUUAUCUUACGAAUUGUUCUCCCACUUUGAAAUAUGCUCUACGCAGGCUUAUUCGCGGUAUUUCGUCUUCCAGAGCAUGCGCAAGGCAAGGUUUUGCACUGGCAUUUACAACAUUGGUUGCUGCAAUUUCAUGCAUUGAACUGGACGACUUGGUGAAGAUCAUUGAGGAGUUAUUGGAGGUUACUUCCUCAAUGAAGGGUCAGGAAGCCAGGGAAGGCCUAUUAGGUAAAAUGUUUGCAUAUGGAGCAUUGGUAAGAUCUGGACGUUUAGAGAUAAAGACUGUUCUUGCUUCGGAAAGGGAUGCUGGAUUUGCAACAGAUCUCACCCAACAUGUCCUCGUACUAGCAGAUAAGAAGUGUUUUAUGCGUGAACCAGCUGUUGCCAUUAUUCUGGAUUUGGUUGAUAGGGUGCCUAGAAAAGUGCUUUUAACUAGAAUAUUGAAGGCUUCACUUUUAAAGGAAUGGUUACAAAAGGACCCUGUAACUGGAAAUCCAGAUGCACUAUUGUUAGCUUUAAAGCUUUUUGACAAACUUCCUUUAGAGAUGAGAAAUUUAUGCAAGAUGAUACCACAUGUGUGCAGCUUGAGUGAUUUAUUCACCCCUGAUAAUAUGCUACUUCUUGUUCCUUCAUUGAAGGAAGCAUCCUUCUGUCAUCCUCGGGUUCACUCCGUCUGGCAAGCUCUCUUAGACAUUUUGUUUGUAGAGCUAGAAAAAGUCACCAAGCACCCAGUUUCAUGUCAUUCUUCUGAGAAAACAAAGAAAAGCCAAAAACGCAACAGUGCAGAAAAGAAUCUGGCAAAGAGGCUUGCUUGUUUUUGGGAAGUGGUAGUUGAAGGAACACUUCUGCAAUCAUCUCAUGACCGAAAGCAUUUAGCUAUUGAUAUUUUUCUUAUGAUACUUCCAAGGAUACCUGCAUCAUUUGUUCAAAUUUUUUUGUCCAACAAGUUUGUACAGUGUUUAGAGGAUGUUUUAUCAGCCAAGGACAGUCAUCUUUACAAAUCUGCACAGCAUUGCUUGGAGGAAGUGAUAAAAUGGUCUUUUGAUGAUGAUGAGCGCCGAGUAGCAGUGGUUAUAGCUUUGCAAGUAAACAGUGAUGGAAAGUUUGAUAAUAAUACCAGAACACAAACGGUAAGAAAAUUGGUCAGUAAAUUCGACACAGCUGGAGGAUCCUUAUUGUUUUUGCAGAAAUUGAUUGGCAUAUUUCUGGAAGGAAGUCAUCUUGAGAUAGAUAAAAGAAGUUAUCCAGAUAAGAUUCAUGCAGUGCAAGAAGAUGAAGCAUCAAACGUAGGGGUCAAGUCCAUGGAUGAAGAUGGUGAAAGCUUACCGGGAACAGCAAGUGAUUCAGAUGAUGUUCUCAGGUCGUGGAUAGUGGAUUGCAUUUAUCAUCUUUCAAAAAAUGCUUCUCUUGAACCUGCUGCAAAAUUUCCUCUUCAAAAGGAGAUAUUGAAAUUUCUUGCUGUGCAGGGAUUAUUUACUGCAUCUCUAGGUAUAGAGGUAACAUCUUUUGAAUUGCAAGAGAAGUUAAAGUGGCCAAAGAAAUCUGCAUCGGUCCAAAUAAGGAGGCUUUGCAUUGAGCAAAUGCAGCAUUUGUUAGCAGAUGCACAGCGCUUAUUGAUUUCAGAGAAACAUGCAGAAAUAGAUGAGAAUAUGCAGCAUGAAUUGAGUCCAUUGGAAUCGAAUGACUUGGGAGCAUAUGCAAUGUGCUUUCUGGGGACAUUGCAGAAUAUCCCAUCAGUCUCUCUAUUUUGGCCCUUGAGUAAGGAUGAUGAACAUACAUUUAACAAAAUGCUUGAUGCAGAAACACAACUUUUUCGAGCGGCCCAUAAAGCUGGGAGUAACAUCAGGAGAAUGCAAGCAAUGCGCUUUUUACUUAUACAGUUGUUACUUCAAAUUCCCCUUAAACAUGGGGAAAUUUGUGAAACAGCUACUGAACUUCUGAUAUGCUGCAAGGAGGCAUUUGAUAAUGUUAUAAAUCUUGAUGUUGAAAGCCACAAUGAGGAGAAUGUCACACCUGCUUUUAUGGAUGUUCUUAUAGAUGCAUUGCUUUCUUUGCUACCUCAGUCAUCAGCUCCUGUGCGUGUGGCUGUUGAGCAGGUGUUCAGGUGUUUUUGUGACAGUAUAACUGAUUCAGGAGUAAUGAAUAUGCUGCGAGUUGUGAAGAAGGACCUGAAACCACCUCGACGUAAACCAAUUGUUCUUGGGGAUAGUGAUGAAGAAGAUCCUAUAGAGAUUGAAGAAUCUGAAAGUGGUGAUGAAGCAGAGGAAUCUGAGGAUGAGGAACAUUCUGAUGACAAUCUUGAAGAACAGGAGAAAAAAGAUCAAACUGAAUCAGUACUUGAAGAGAAAAAUUCCAAAGGAACAGGAGACUCAGAUGACAUGGAUAGUGAGUUUGAUGAUGAUGCAAUGUUCAGAUUGGAUACUUAUCUUGCCCAGAUUGUUAAAGAUAAAAGUAAUGCAGUUGGGAGUGAUACUGCCCAAUCACAGCUAGUGAAUUUUAAACUACGAGUACUCUCUCUUCUAGAGUUCUAUCUCCAAAGGAACUCCAAUAAACCGAUUGUUUUGACUAUUUUCUCAUGUUUGCUGCAAGCUUUUGAGAAGAAUUCUUCUCCAACAGAAGGAAAUGAACAACUUGCCAACCGCAUUGGGGUUAUUUUAGAGCGGAAAAUUUGUAAAGCGAAAGAGUAUCCCAAAGGUCUGGAGGUGAACUUCUCGCUUUUGGAGGGUCUUUUGGAUAAGGUUCUAAAACUGGUCUCCCGUCCUAAGGGAAAAAAGAUCGAGUCUUUGGCUCAGACAUGUACUUUCUGGCUCUUGAAGGUUAUACAUGGGAAUUUGAAUGGUGCCAAGGUAGAUGAGGUUUCAAAAAUAUUCUUUCCAUCAUUAGAAGGUUUCUUUGCCAGUAAAAAAUGCUGUCUGAAAGGAGGUUUUGUGAGGGAAGUGUUCAGACGCCAUCAUUGGUUAGGCACUGCAUGCUUUAGAGUGCUUGUGGAAAAUUUCCUAAAAGCCAAAUCAGAAUUCCUACAAUGUGAAGCUUUAUCAAUUAUGGACACGCUUAUAAGGCCCGUGAUCAGCAAAUCUUCACAGAAUAGUUGUCAAAAUUUGCAAUUCCUUGAGGUGAAUUUGUCUCAACUAGCUGAGUUGAUCCGACAUCUUUUGCAAAGACAAGCCAAAAAGGCUUUUCGAUUGCAGGCGCUUCAAUUUUGCAAGGGAGUGCUUGAAGCGAUACAACUUCUGAAACUUGAGAAGUCCUUUGCUGAGUUGCUUCAACUUCAUGAACUUAUCACUCCUGAGUCUUAUAUAGGAGAUCUCUUACGAACAAAACUUGGUUUAGAAAAAUGAAAGUUAACAUGUUUUUCCUUUUUUUGCAAGGUUUGCUACUGGAUAAAAUGAAGAGCUGAAAUGCUUUUAAACUCAUAAAAUAGACACUUAAUUUGGUUCGGAGCAAUUUUUGUACAGAAUUUUUAGCGCCUUAUUAAAUAUAUUUUUUUCUUGGAUUC